AUGCCCAAGCAAAUGGUUAGGAACUCGCCAAGGGAAGCCACAUGGGCAAAACCUUUUCGACUAGCGUAUGGUCAGGAAGCGGUGUUACCAGCAGAAGUCUACUUACAAUCUUGCAGAAUUCAAAGACAAGAAGAGAUUCCUAAUGAAGACUAUUGGAGCAUGAUGUUGGAUGAAUUGGUAAAUCUCGACGAAGAAAUACUCUUGGCCCUAGACGUCUUAACCAGGCAAAAGGAUCGCAUCGCGAAAGCAUACAACAAGAAGGUUAGAAGUCGAUCUUUCCUCGCCGAUGAUUACGUGUGGAAAGUUAUUUUGCCUAUGGAUAAGAAAGACAGGACUUAUGGCAAAUGGGCCCCAAGUUGGGAAGGUCCAUUCAAGGUCGAGAAAGUGCUUUCUAACAACGCUUAUUCGAUUAAAGAGCUAAAUGGCCAAAAUCGACGUGUAACAAUAAAUGGAAAAUACUUGAAAACAUACAAACCAAUGUUACACGAAGUUAGAGUCGAAUAA